CUCUGACCUUUAAAAGGCUGCUCUUCAGGUUCAGGCAGUCAGCAGCUGCCUCUCCACUGUCAGCACAUCAGUAAACAUCCGUCAGGAUCUACUAGCCAGGAUGAAGAAGUUAAUCCUCGAUGUGGACACAGGUGUGGAUGAUGCCCAGGCCAUCAUGUUGGCCCUGGCGGCCCCCGAUGUGGAGAUUUUGGGAAUCACCUGCUGCCAUGGCAACACACCCCUGGAGAAUGUCCUCAAGAACACACUGCGUGUCCUGAAAGUCUGCAACAGGCUGGAUAUCCCAGUGUAUAAAGGCUGCUCAAAGCCCCUGCUGGCCCGUAAACAACAUGCUGGAGAUUACCACGGGAAGGACGGGCUGGGUGACGUCCCAGAUCCAGAUGCUCCAGGUCUGGAGCUGCUGCAGAAGAGAAACGCUGUGAAGGCCCUGAUCAAGAUGGUGAAAGCGAACCCUGGAGAGGUGACUCUAGUGGCUACAGCGCCCCUCACUAACCUGGCUGUCGCAGUGCAACUGGAGCCUUCCCUCCCUGAGAAACUGAAGGCGCUCUACAUCAUGGGUGGAAACAUGGAAUCCAGGGGUAACACCACAGCGUGUGGAGAGUUUAACUUUGUAGCUGACUCUGAGGCUGCCUACAUUGUGCUGGACCGCUACACCUGCCCCACCUACAUCGCCACAUGGGAGUUCACCUGCAGGAACAGCCUGCCGUGGUCUUUCUGUGGCCCUUGGCUGGACAUGAAAACCGAAAAAGCUGCAUUCAUGAAAAAGAUUACACACCUUUCAAUGACGAAAGCGAGGUCAGCAGAAUAUCAGAAGGAGAUUACAGCAGGCAAAGGGUUUAAUUCCUGUGACACCUAUGCUUUGGCUGCCGCCAUCGAUGACACACUCAUAACUGAGAGUGAAAAGGUCGCAGUUACAGUGGAGCUGGAGGGGACCUACACCCAAGGCAUGAUGGUGCUUGACUACAUGGAGCAGCUCAAGAAGAAACACAAGGCUGUCAUCAUGAAGAAAGUCGACCUGGAGAAAUUUAAAAAAAUGCUCAUGAAUUCACUGAAGUAGAAAUUUACUGUAACAAGCUGAAAGCAUAAAUUUGGUUCAACAAAGUAAAUAAAGCAAAUCUGAACAA